GAAGGUGUCUGUGAUUUUUUUUUGUUUUUAUGUGCACGUCCAAACUUUUUGUAGUGUGUGUCCACCGGCAGUGGUUGUGUAUGUGUUACUAUGAGUGAGAGGCGAUCUCGACCGCGACCGCGCAGGCGCAACGAUUUGCACGACAAGCAACAGGAUUUACUAUUUGCUUGGAGUGACGAGCUGUGCAAUAGCGAGGAGGUGCCUGAGGUAGAAAUUGUCAGCCUUCUUCAAGAGCAUAUUCCAAAGUAUCGACUGAGAGCCGACAGUCUCACACAAUUUGGAGGUUACGAAAAUCAAGAUUGGUUCAUACCAUCGCCGGCGCUGCCAGUCAGCCCGGAAGACCUCGCACUUACGCCUGACCAGAUCAGGGAGACGCUCAAUUAUUUUCUUCUAUGCAGCAACAGGGUGAGCCAAAUGACAAAAACCUACAAUGACAUUGAAGCGGUAACACGGCUCCUAGAAGAAAAAGAGAAAGAUUUAGAGCUGACGGCGCGUAUCGGCAAAGAGCUGCUGGCGGCCAACGGUCGGCUCGAAGCUCGCGUGACCGCGCUCGAAGGAGAGUUGCGAGGAGCUCGCGACCACAUCACCCAGCUGCGGCACGAGAUUAGCGCUAAGAGCGAUCUACUACAGAUUUUAACAAAUGACACAGAGGAAAACUCACCUACAGAGGAUCAAGAAGCGGCGACGGCGGCCCUGCUGAAGCGCCGCACUGGCGCGCUGGAGCGAGAGAACCGCUCGCUCAGGGAGGAGGCCGCGCGCCUCGCCGCCGGCGCCGACUCCGCCGAGCUGGCCGAGCGGCAGCUGCUCAGGGAUAUCGCCGCGCAGCUCUCGAGUGCAAACUCUGAGACGACUGUGCUGAGCUCAGAGUUAGCUGAGGAGCGACAACGCUCGGCCGACCUUCAGCAGCAGCUCGACAGCACCAACGCUAGGCUCGCUGUCAAUGAGAGAAACUUGCAGCAGCUAACCGCCGAACACGAACAUUCGCUUCGAAUUUUAGAAAUAACAAGAGAUAACCAAAAUGCUCUGGCCUCAGAAUUGGCAGACACAAAGGAGCGGUACGCGGAGGUGUCGGCGCUGCUGGCGGAGGCGCAGGAGCAGCUGCGGGCGGCGCGGCGGCGCGGCGAGGCCACGCGCGGCCUCAUGCCGUCCGUGGCGGCCGCGGCCGGCCUGCUGCCCGCCAGCCUGCACCGCGAGAUGCACUCCUCCGUCUACUCCGAGCUCAGUCUCGACUCGGGCAUCGGGGAUCCUCUCGCGCAAACCAGCAUGCAGAAGGUGUUUGAGACGGUGCAGUGCGCCUCUCGUUGGUCAGGUGCCUCUUUAUCCGGCUCCGACGCGGAGACGCAAUCCGCCUACAAACCACCCAACAAACCGACGUUCUCGGACUCAUUCUUCGAAGAUACGUCCGACGCUGAAUCGGAAGAUUUGUACCCCGGCAACACGGGGGUGGGCGUGCCGGGCGCGCCCGGGGCGGCGGAGCUAGCGGCCGCGCUGCGCCGCCUCACGCCGCAGGAGAUCAACUCCAGGCGCGCCUCGCUCGCCGCCUCACAUCUACUGCGGCAGCGGAGGCGGAAUGAUAGAGACUUAAGUGAAGAGAGUGCAGUAUGGGGCGCGGGUGCCGCAGGCGGUAUGGCGCGCUUCAGGACACCACACAAGCUUCAAAUUGUUAAACCAAUGGAAGGUUCUCUCACGCUGCAUACUUGGGCUCAGCUAGCUAAGCCAACCAUGUCAGGUUUACUAGAAGAACAAGAAGGUGUUGGAGUGAGAGGGUCAAGAUCAGCACAAGCACUCGGUAUGAGAAUAUACAGGUUGUCAGACGUCGAAGAGGAUGACGAUAUGCCUAGAUUGCCGCAUUCCAGUCACAUAUAUACAUUUACUAACAGUACGGUCUUACAUCCAAACGAUGGCAGCCUCAUAGGUAGCAACGUGAGCAGCGUUUGCAACAGCGCUAUGAGCAGCCUGUCCAGCAGCGUGCUCGGCAGCGCGUGGAGCUCACGCCUCACCUCUCGCCGCUCCUCCGCCGCAGUGUCGCCCGUGCUCUCCCGACGUGAAUCAUUCUGUACACCACCUUCCCGUCCGCACUUCACUCCCACUGCCACGCCCGCUAACAGUCCUCUCCUCGGUUCGCCAGACUCCUCUCCCCCUCCGACGCCUCGACCCGGUGACCCCCCACCUUCUCUCCAUGCGCUGAUUGCGAGCGGGACUUCGAUACUCCGACGGCGGUACUUAACGUCACCGGCUUCAGACGGCUCGCCGGCGCCUCUGGCUCUCCAGACUCCUGGAUCUCUCUACACCGGUUUAGUCCAUCGCAGUCCAAUGGAACAGUUAACGUGCCUCAAGCGGACUCUUAGAUCGCCGGCAGCGGCGCCGCCAGAUCGAUGUGACGCAGCAUAUUUACCACUAGGUGUACCGGCACAUCCGGGAGAAGGUGCAUUGGACGCCGCCACAUCCGCGGGAUGCGCGGGCGGCGCCAGUGUGAGCGGCAGGCGGGCGCGAGUGCGGGCACCGCGCCCUCGCACUGACUUGGGAACGGUGGGAGUGACGCCAACGACCUGUCCGCCCACGCAAUCGACUCCUUUAGGCACCCUCAGUACCUUUCUUUUUGGACGAAAGGGUGGUUUGCUGUGAGAGUGCUGAACAGCUCCUUCCGGCUGGUAUCAGAGGUGCUACUGCGAAGCGACGCGAUAGUCGCUCGGACGCAGCUCAUUAAACCGAACCGCGGGUCGCGGAUCGAGCCGCGUUAUCUGAAGUGAUAAUAUCGUUUGUUUUCGGUGCGCAGUCUUAUUUUAUCGAUUUCGGUACUUGUGAUUUAGAUGUAGAGAAACGAUUUUUUAAGGUUACUGUGUGAUGUACCUUUUAUAGAUUUAGUUAUAAGCGCCCAAUUAUCAUCGAUGCUAAUGAUAAUAUUUUAUGUUUUGAAAGAUUUAUGUUUGUGAGUCUGUGUUUUUAAAUCAUUUUGACGUUGUUCGUUUCGUAAUCACUUUUGUUUUUAGGAAAUUGUUUUUGCAUUUAUAUGGCUGACUUACUAUGAAUCUGAAUUGAUCUUUAUUAAAAAAUAACAAACUUAUGCUCACUAUAAAGGUGUCAUUAUCAUAGCAUCUUGAAAUCUCUCUUAACACAUUCCUUUUGAAAAAACAUAGUAUUAAUUUAAAGUGUUUAGAUGCGGGGAGAGAAAUAACGAGGACCAACGAGUCGCAAUUUGUAACCACGAAAAAAAGAUACGUGUUAAAACAACAUAUUCGAUAGCCAUAUUUAAUAAUGAAACAUCACUCUUAAUAUAAAUAUAUAUUUUUAUUAAUAAUUGAGCAACUAUUAACGGAUGACUUGAUUGAAAAUAUAUUAUUAUCGAUCUUUUUUUUUGUGAUUGUUUGGUUAUUAAUCGUAUUUGAAUUUAAAUAUCAUUGACAUUUUGAUUAAAUAAUUAUCACUGUAUUUCCUAUAGAAUACGAUUCAUGUAUUAUUGUAAAUAAUUAUAUUUCCAUUAAUUUAGAAGAGUACAAAUUACUUAUGUUUGUAUAAAUAAAAAAUAGCAAUAAUAAUAAAAAUAAUAGAAUUUUUGUUAAAUUAGUAACUGAAAACUAAUAAUUAUACAAUUAAAUCAAUGUCAC